UAGGGAGUGGUCCUCCUCCAUACUGCAGGCAGUGCAUGGAUGUAUUGUCCACGUAUGGCCCUUAUGGAUGAACCAGGUUUGUGAAAGGCACCUGAGCACGAACCGAGUGCGAAAACGAUCGCCAUUUUCAUUCCGAAGAAGAGUCGAGGCCCCCGAGCUCGGGAAUAACUGCGGUGUUUUCCGCGAUUCUUGGCAGAACAGAGUUUCCUUUGCGGAGGCGGUUUUCAAGCGAACUCUCUGCUGUCAACUCAAUCUUACAUGAUGGCGGGUUUCCUUUCGACCGGCCGAGACACUCCGAUCAGUCCUGGAUUGAUCAUCAGCGACUUGGCUUGCCGUUGCAGCUCUGGUUCGAGUUCGCCGAUCUCCUCCUCGCCUGAUGAUAACCAUGUAAGCCAUGAUCAGGAAGACGAUGAAGUUGAGCUGGAUGUGGACAAUACCGAGGAGACUACUGUGAGCACGAGCAACAAGCGGCGAGGCCGUGGCAAGAUUGGUCUGAAGCUCAUCGAGCAACGGCAAAAGCGGAACGCGACGUUUCACAAACGCAAAAGUGGUUUGAUGAAGAAGGGCUUCGAGCUCAGCAUGUUGACUGGAGCGGAAAUCAUGAUUCUGGCUUCGAUAGAGAACAACAUCUUCUCCUACUCGACGAAGAAGUUGCAGAAGUUCCUCGUGUCGAGGCAAGGCCAGGACCUGGUGCAGAAGGCUCUGAAGGGAACGCUGGAGGUCGACACACCAGCGGAAGUCGGUGAUGUGCAAGACAAGACGACACCCGACGGUGGACUGGUGAGAAAGCAGAAGCUGGAGCAGGCCACACCGCUGAAGGACACCAUCACAUGGAACUCCGGCAAGAUCAUGAAGCAUGUCACGCUGUCGCCCACCAAGGGAGUGCUGACAAAGGCCUCGGACAUGAAGCAGCAGCAGCCUUGCCGUCGAACCAGACCAUCCUCUGGUAGCAACAAGUUCUACUUUGUUGAGUCGGACUGCGAUAGAGACGACUCAUCGUCGACAGUCGAUCAUGGUUACCUGACAGCGGAGAGCGACAGUGCAACCACACCAAUCAAGAGUGGACCAUCAUCGCCACACGCUACCAGCCGUGAGAUACAACUUCGGGCCAUCCUGCACAAGGCCAACGAGAGAGGCAACAGCCCACCUAUCGGUCAAUCAGUUAGCCAGUCGGUCGUGACCACACACCUGACAGCUCAGCCAACUCAACACCAGCAACAGGAACAGCCACCGCAGCACAACAAGUCACUGCAGCCGCAAAAGCAGCAGCAGCAGCAAGCUCUUGUCCAGCAGCAGCAGUUGCAGCAGCAGCGGCAACAGCAGCAACAACAACAGCAGCAGCAACAGCAACACCAGCAGCAGCAACAAAAGCAGCAGCAGCAACAGCAGCAGCACAUGUCGCAGUAUGGUGGACUGCGAACCACAGGUACCAUUGUUCAACAGAUGCCAUCGGCGGUUGGCCAGACUGCGGCCGGUAGCCCUUCGGCACUACCACUCUACAUCCCGCCCGGUUACAGCCUUGUUGCUAGUGGGUCCGUUCCGCCAGGCGUAACCACAGGCACACCCACUGGUCCCCCCAUGUUGAAAGCAGCCACCAUGCCCAACGGCAUUCCAGUGUACCAGACCUAUCAGCCGCCAGCAAACGUGCACUACAUCUGCAUGCCGCCGCAGCAUCAGCAGCAGCAGCAGUGGCAACAGCAGCAACAGCAGCAGCAUCUGCAGCAGCAACAUGCAGCAACGGCCGCCCGCGACCUGAGGCCCACGAAGUAAACAAGAAGACUAAGUACAACUCCGCUCCCCUCCCCUCCCUUCCCCAGCCCUCCACUAUCAAGCACGUGUCAGCAACGACACCAGCAGCAGCAGCGAAGCCCUGGCUAACUACAGGCCGUCACACUAGCUCGUGCAUGGUCCAUAGUUGCCACGACGUCACCAUUAUCAGCAUUGCUGUCGUCGUCGUCGUCGUGGCAAUGUUGCUACCCUGUUGCCACCGCCACCUAUCCACCGUGCUGCUUCCAGCCCUACUGCCACCCACUUAGGUACUAGGACGUCGUCGUUGCUACAGUCGCUGCUCGCCAGUGAUCGUCUCCCGGUAGCCGCCGCCGCUCUCCAUCGUCACAGUUACACUGCGCACUCCACCAACAAAACAAAACACGUCGAACUGCCCGCAUAGCAGGGCACACGUCUCAAUGCCGAUACAGCUACUAGGUCCAUCUCUUAUUUCCUACCUGUUUUUUAGCAUCGUGCUCCGUCUUACGUUGUACUUUCUGAUCUUGUAUUCUUAUUUAUAGAGCGUCCUCCCCCCCCCCCCCCCUACCCAUGCCCCAUCCCCCUAUCCCCUCCAACGGCGCUGCUCUUUAUAAUCAAGUCCUCAUCUGUGUGAUGUGUGUCGGCAUGAUUCUAUGCAUGUGUGUGUGUGCGUGCGCGUGUAUGUGAGCGUGUGCGCGUGUGUUCUUAUGUUUGUUUUCCACGAUUCCUUCGCACGUAUGCGCAUCUUCGUUGCUUAUUCUAGUCUUAAUUUUUUUCCCGAUUUUAUCUCGCAAACAUGCCCACAGGCAUGCCGCGAUGUCCACACAGAUACAUUUGCAUGCUCGGUCAGGUCUGCACCCGAAAUUAUUAUUAUCAAAACUAGUUCUUACUGCGUGAGAAAUUCCUCGUCCAAGACCGGGACCUCAACCGAGCAGGUCUCUCUCUCUCUAUACGUAUACACCUAUUGCACCUAUAAUAUUAUUAUAAUCUCCAAACAUUCGGUUACUCGUAAUUAUGGCAAAUAUUGUAAGCUUCCAUUACCGAUUACUCAACUAUUCUUAUCCAUCGGAUCACAAUACUCUUGAUCUUUUCACACUGCACAAUACUCUCCUCAGCCGUAUUAUUCACCCUAUUAACCCGCCGUUGUCAUCUGAAUUCAUGUAGAUAUAUUAACAUCUGCAGCUCUUACUUGUA